CUCGAGGCCGUUUUGGCUCCAGACCUGUGCUCCAAGGCUUUGGCGGGUUGCCAGCCCAAAGAUCUGAUGUCUUGAUCCCUUCGUGGCGGAACCCCCAGAAGUCCCGAGCCGCCCCCCCAGGACUCUCUCCUCGUCGUGAGCUGGUGUCUUGACGGCCGUGGGGCCUGGCGAGGGCCCCAGAAGCCGAAACCGGGAAACGCCUCCGCCUUGAUCAUGUCAAUGCGUCGGUAAUACAUCGGCGCGUCCCGGGUCCGCGCGCUCGGGUGCCUCCCCGUCUGCGCGACCCGCGCCCGUUCUGGACCGUGCGCGCAGCGUUGCGCGGCGCGGCCAGGCAUGGUCCGUGCCGGAGGCAGGGGCGCGCCCGAUAUUGGCUGGCUGGGCUGCUGCGGGCUGGCGGGGCUGCUGCGGGCUCGUGCCUUCUACCUGCCGGGGGUUGCCCCCACGGAGUAUCCCGAAGGAAGCCCCGUCGAACUGAAGGUGAACAAGCUCACGAGCGUAAAGACGCAGCUCCCCUACCGAUACUACGUGCUGCCCUACUGCACUCCCGAUGAGAUCCACGUGGCUGCUGAGAACCUUGGCGAGAUUCUGCUCGGCGACUCGAUCGAAAACUCCAUGUUCGACAUCAAGAUGAACGUCAACGUCUCGUGCGCGAACCUGUGUACAAGGACGCUGACCGUGGACGAGAAAAACAGGUUCAGGAACAUGAUAGACCACGAGUAUCAGGUCAACCUGCUGGUGGACAAUCUGCCGGGUGCCAUGCGGUACUACCGCCGGGGAGACGAGGGCUUCUCCUACACCAACGGCUUCCCAGUGGGUGUGAAGAAGGAGGGGAGGUAUUACGUGAACAACCACGUUCGGGUGGGACUGCAGUACCACGUCGACCCAAGCGAAUUUGAGGGCUUCCGUGUCGUGGGCUUCGAGGUGUUCCCGCAGAGCCUGGUCCACCGCAAGAGCGCGGUCGGCGAUGUGGCGACGUGUGAGGAUGCGGACGACGUUUCGCCUCACUGGGACCUUGCCGAGCACGAUUCCAUCGUCUACAGCUACGACGUGACGUGGACGCCGAGUAGCGUGCGCUGGGCCUCCCGCUGGGACACGUACCUCAGAAUGCACGAGGGCCAGAUCCACUGGUUCUCGAUUGUCAACUCGCUGAUGAUAGUUCUUUUCUUGGCCGAGGGCCUCCG